CCCUCAGUGUACAGACUUUUUCUCUUUUGUGUCUUGCAGUAAUAUUUUUGCCUGGGUGUGCACACACUUGAUGCGUCUUCUGUACUAAAACGUCAUGGCAACCCAUCUGAUAGCUGUUGAGAUAUCUCAGUGUGGACUAAAGUUGUGGGAUGAUGAAAAUUCACUGUACCCAAAUAUGAAUCUGCUCUUCAUUCAAAACGCUGCCAAGAUGGUUCCCAGAUUAGGCAACACCCAAGUUCUCAUUUACCUACUGUGUAUCACUGCCAUUGGUGUGUUAUCUAGAUAUUCAUGGGAUAUGUCUUUACAUUACCUCGGCCCUGAGAAUUCAGGUCUUUGUGCCUGUCACAAAUGUUUAACAGAGAGUGAUCCAUGGUUUAGGGAGCUCAUCAAUUCUUCUCCAACACCCUUUUUGUCAAGAAACUAUACAAGCUCAGAGGAUGAUUUCAUUUGGUGGAAGCACAUCCAGAAUGAAGGACGUAACUUCGAUUUCUACAAGACAACAGUGGACAGGCUGUUUCAGAUUUUCCCACCCAUUCCAGAUGUUGUAGGACCCAGCCCUGACCGCUGCAGGACUUGUGCUGUGGUGGGGAAUUCUGGUAAUUUGAAGGGAUCACAUUAUGGACCUCUGAUUGAUUCUCAUGAUAUCAUAAUAAGAAUGAACCAUGGCCGUACCAAAGGCUAUGAAGCAGAUGUUGGGAACAAAACAACACACCAUGUGAUGUAUCCAGAGAGUGCUAUAAAUCUGGACAACACCACACAUCUUGUGCUGUUUCCAUUCAAGAUCAAUGAUUUACUGUGGCUCCUCAAAUCCUUCGAUCCAGGGGAAAACAAUGCUAACAAGGCGAGGAGAGCUAACAAAGAUUUGGUGAUGAUCCUCAAUCCAGCUUUCAUGAAAUAUGUUCAUGAAAUGUGGUUGGGAAAGAAGGGCAAUUAUCCAUCCACUGGCUUUCUGACUUUGGCUCUCAGCACGCAAAUGUGUGAUGAGGUCAAUGUUUUUGGGUUUGGAGCAGACAGAGAUGGAAACUGGAACCAUUACUUUGAAAUUCUCAAAAACAAACAGCUGAGAACUGGACCUCAUGCUGGAAUGCAUGAACAUGAAGUUAUUCUGAAAUUAAAGGAGCAGCAGAAAAUUGGUGUUUUUAAAGGAUGUAAUAUUUUUGCCUGGGUGUGCACACACUUGAUGCGUCUUCUGUACUAAAACGUCAUGGCAACCCAUCUGAUAGCUGUUGAGAUAUCUCAGUGUGGACUAAAGUUGUGGGAUGAUGAAAAUGCAGUGUAACCAAAUAUGGUGAGGGAACAAAUCUGUAUUGAACAAACUCAUGUCAGAUAAGUAAGAAAUAAUACCCGGGAAGGUGUCCAUUAUCAGGAAUGAAGGCCAGAAUCUCCGCUUCAGGGAAGUCCAUUAAUUCCUGAUAAUAGACACCUCGAAGGGCAUUAUCCCACUUAUACAAUGGUCACUUGCCAAAGAAAGAAAAGGAAGAUCAAUAUUUUAUAUUUUCAUGCAUUUUUUACUUUUUUACUAGCCAUAUCUUCAUUUCCCUGGUAACACCUGAGUUCCUACCUAAUACCUGGAAGAAUCAUUACCAUCCCAUAAGGUUCUAAUGCAAUGCAAACGUUAUUCACUACUCCAGUCAAUAGGAUGAGCCUUAGAUAUGACUUGACAAUGGGAGAUAUUUCUAGUUCCCUCUGUUUGUAGAACACUUUGGCUCAGCUACGAGACACAGAGCUAACGCUAUGCUAGCUAGAUUAAAAGGGAAUAACAACAAUUGACAAACGGUAAAUAUAAUUUGACAGUAUGUUUAACAAUACAAGCUAGCUAUCCAGCCAUGUCCUUGUCCCCAAAUCAAUAUCAAGCUAUAUAUGAUUCUAAAACCCAUUAACUUGAAUGUUUUUCUAGCUUCUCAAUUUACAUCUCAAUCACACCUUCCACAUAUUUGAUUUUAUUUUAGGUUACUUUAUGUCCAACACCUUGCAUUACAUUGACAGGAGUGCUGUGUUCAUAAAAGGCACCUUCUAUCCUGCAAACAAAAGAAUCAUGAUAACAUCAGUUUCAGUUGGCUAGCAAAGGUUUCAUGCCAGCAUACUCAUUGACAACACCUUGACAUGGAAUCUUUCAUUUUGAUAGGGUUUUAUCUGAGCAUGUGAAAGAACCAUAACAUAGCAACACAUCCUGGCACCAAGGAAACAAUGUAACGUCUGCUGUCGUCAGUACUUCUCACAUUUACAUUUUUUUUCAAAUUGAACUUUAUAAAAUGGCUGCCUUUGCUUGUGAGAGAGAACAAAUCAUUUUAACUCUACCCAGCUUAUCUGGAUGUGUUCAGAAACCCUAUUUAGUAACACUGUGGAGUGCAGCACCAUAACAGUAUGAAAUGUAAGUUAGAAUAUGCAGAAAUGUACUGUAUGCAGAAAUAAGAAAGACAAUUCUAUGGAGCGUUUAUUCAAAUCCAGCUGAGAUUCAUGGUGUGUUUGUUUUCCCAGGUCAAUGUUUUUGGGUUUGGAGCAGACAGAGAUGGAAACUGGAACCAUUACUUUGAAAUUCUCAAAAACAAA